CCAGGAGCCAUGCGUUCGCCGACAGCCGCCGUGGCCGCCGUCGCUCUGUGGCUGUGUCUGGCGGCUGCUGCUGCCGCCCCGGCCGGCGGCGGGGCCGACGUCUCGCUGACGCUGCUGCACACCAACGACAUGCACGCGCGCUUCGAGCAGACGAGCCGGUCGAACGGCAAGUGCCGGCGCGGCGACGAGCGCCACUGCUACGGUGGGUUCGCGCGCGUCGCCCACGUGGUCCGCGGAGCGCGUCGCCGCGCCGCCGAGGACGCGACCGCGCCGCACGUGCUCUUCUUGGUAGCCGGCGACACCUACCAGGGCACCGUCUGGUUCACCGUGCACAAGUGGCGCAUCGUCGCCGCCAUGCUCAACCUGCUGCAUCCCAAUGCCUCCUCCCUGGGAAACCACGAGUUCGACAACGGCGUGGCAGGGCUGGUGCCCUUCCUGGAGAACACCAGCUUCCCCGUGGUCGCUGCCAACCUGGACACCAGCGAUGAGCCAGCGCUGGCCGCUUCUCCCCUCGUCAAGUCGGUCGUCCUCCACCUGCCAGGCGGUCCCGACGUCGGCAUCAUCGGCUACCUCACACCAGAGACCAAGAUCAUAGCCUUCACUGGAAAAGUCAAAUUUUUGGAUGAAGUAGCAAGUAUUAAAGAAGAAGCAGAGAGACUGAAACGUGAAGGAAUCAAUAUUCUGAUUGCAUUGGGCCAUUCAGGUUACAAAACAGAUCAGAGAAUUGCUUCUGAAGUUCCUGAUAUUGACGUUGUCAUUGGUGGACAUACCAAUACCUUCUUAUAUACUGGUGAUGCUCCAGAUAGUGAAGUUCCCGUGGAUCUGUAUCCUAAAAUAAUCACUCAGCCAUCUGGGAAAAAAGUUCCUGUUGUCCAAGCCUAUGCAUAUACUAAAUACCUGGGAAAUUUAACAGUGGUAUUUGAUCAGAAUGGAGAACUGAAAUCAUUUACAGGGAAUCCGGUGCUACUUAAUUCAUCAGUGGAAGAAGACAGUGAAAUCCUAAAAGCAUUGGAAGAGUGGAGAGCAGAAGUUGACAACAGUACAAAAGAGAUUAUAGGAAAAACACGGGUGCUCCUUGACGGUGCUGCAGAACAUUGUCGCUUAUUUGAAUGCAACUUUGGCAAUCUAGUGACAGAUGCCAUGGUUUACACUAAUGCUAAAAGCUACCAUGGUAAUGGGUGGACCAAUGCACCAAUUGCAUUAUUCAAUGGUGGUGGAAUCCGAUCAUCUAUAGAUACAUCAUCUGAUGGCAAUGUGACCAAAGAAGAUAUAUUAACAACGUUGCCUUUUCAAAACACUUUAUUCUUCGAAAAAAUAAAUGGAUCACAGUUGUUGGCUGCUUUGGAAAAUGGAGUUUAUUAUUAUGAAGAAGUUACAACAAGGGGAAUUGGAAGUUUUCCACAACUAUCAGGACUGAAGGUCACUUACAACAUCAAAAAGCCAGCGGGUGCCAGAGUACAAGAAGUGCUUGUGCUCUGUGGAGAGUGCAGGGUGCCCACCUAUUCUCCCUUGAUAGAAAGUGAUAUAUAUGGUGUCAUCAUCCCAGCUUUUAUGAAACAGGGAGGUGAUAAUUACAAAGUUUUUGAAAACAGUAUUGAAUCAUCUUCAUUAGAUUAUAUUGACAGUGAUAUUGUUGCUGACUACAUAAAGCAGAAGAGUCCUGUGUACCCAGCCAUAGAAGACAGGAUAUCAUUUGAAACGGGCACACCUUCACAUGCAAUAAGAACUAGGAGUACAAUACUCCUGCAUUACAUGCUUGCCGCAAUCAGUAUUUACUGUUCAGUUUUAAUGUAAAUUACUUUUAACUUUAUUAUGAAACAUACAAAUAAAAGUUAUUGUUGUUGAGUUA